AUGAACCACGCACGCGGUCUCCUAUCAUCCGCCCAGGCCCUACGUCAGAUAUUCACCACAUCCGUUCGCAGCUCCAGAGUUGGCAUUCAUCCUCUCAGGCUUCUUCCAAAUACCCCUCAGACUCGAGCUUUUCAACAAUCCCGUUGUCUGAAGCUUCGAGAACAUCGGCCACCGGUUGAAAAGCCCCCGAUAAACGAUGCUAUCCGUGCACCAUUUGUUCAAGUUGUGAACGACGAAGGGGACCUCGACCCUCCGACCAGAUUAGAGGAUGUUCUUGAAAGCUUUGACCAUGCCGACUUCUUUCUUCUCCAGGUGCAAGAAGGAGAUUAUAACAACCCGCCAGUUUGCAAGAUCUACAGUAAGAAAGAAGUGCGAGCACGUGAAAAGGCCAAAGCCAAGUCAGCUCGUGAGACCAAGGUUACAUUCAAACAAAUCGAGCUGAACUGGGCAAUCGAUGCCCAUGACCUGUCGCACCGUCUAAAGCAACUCUCGACCUUUUUGGAGAAAGGUCGCAGGGUAGAAAUUCUAUUGACCACCAAGAAACGCAAGCGCAGCCCCACAGUUGAUGAGAUCAAGCAGGUCAUGCAGAGUGUGUUGGACACAAUCCGAGAGGCUGGUGGAACCCAGACCAAAGCAAUGGAGGGAGAGCCGGGAAAGCAACUCAAGAUCACUGCACAGAAAAUGAACUAG